GCCAGGAGAGGCGAGCGGGGGGCUCGGCGCCGGAUAAAAGCAGCCGCCGCAACACCGUGGAAAAAGUGCCUGCGGACGGCGGGAGGGCGGAGGUGUUCAAGGAGGAGCUCCUGGGCGGCCCCCGCCGGAUCGAGCGCUUCCCCAUCGCCCUGGAGGACCUGAGGAGCCGCUUCGAGGCCCCGGGCGGCGGGGCAGCAGCGGGCAGGAAGGAAGGAGAAACUGAGAGAAGCUCACACUCACCAACAUUUAAGAAUCAGCCUGGGAGCCAUUCCAGCAUUUCCCUGAAGGAGUCGCACGUGAAAACUGGGAAAAGAGUCUUUGACAGGAUGUCAUCAGCAAGUGGCCAGAACAACAACUCUGAAGUUACAGCGGGUUGUCCCAAAACUGUAAGAAGACUACCAGAAGAGAAUACUCCUGGGAGUGGUUACACACUGUUGGACUUCCAGGACACUGUCUCUUUGAAAGAAAGAAUGGCUAUGUAUCAGGCUGCUGUGUCCAAGGUAGAGAGCAGCAGCUCCUUUGCUAAUGCUUCAGAGGAAACAGAGCCAUGUACUGUGCCUGGAGGCCUUGCAAGAGUGAAGAAACAAUUUGAGAAAGGCCAGAUGACCUCAUCACAAAACACCUUUGCUCAGUACCAACACCAGCACAAGUCUGUACAGGAGAUGUCAAGUAGCAGUCAACACACAGUAUCAAGCAGCAGCAGGGAAACUGAACACAAUGAAAUCACCUCCAAAGAAAGUCAAAUGGAAGCCCUUCAAACAGAAGAGGUUUCUCAUCGUGAGCAAAUUACUCAUGAGAGAAAAGAGGUUUCUACACUCUUUCAGCACACUGAUGAAACAGUAGCCAACACAGCUAUGAAUGAAGAGUUCCCAAAGAUUUCAACCCAGGUUUUAAAGCAGCAGUUUGAAAAGACAGCUCGGGAAAAGGCUGUUCACUCUGACAAGCAGACUGCAACACCUGCAAAGCAAGCAAAGAUUGAAAAUGGGUACCAGGAAAUUAUAUGGCCUUCAGCAGUUAGUUGUUCUUCCACUGCGAUGACCUCAGCAAGCAGACUACAUGAAACGUCUACAGAAAGGAAAAAAGAGUAUGGAACUGCUGCUUCUGCAAUGCCUUACACCAGGUUCCCUAAAUAUGGCAACACAGAAAAUUUUCCCACUAGUUCUGCACCAGCUCCAUUGGAAAUGACAGAGAUUUCCCAGUCCCCUGAACCAUCCACCUCUCCAACAAACCCCAUUAUCCCUAAAGAUUUGUACUCAAAGCAAAGAAAUUUAUAUGAAUUAAAACGUUUAUAUAAACAUAUUCACCCAGAAUUAAGAAAGAGCUUAGAAAAAGAUUAUUUAAAUGAGAUUUCUGAUAUUUUAUCUAGUGAAUCUGAAGCAAAGAAUAUAAUGGCAGGAGAUGUACAGCAGGCUAGAUAUGUUUUUGAAAACACUAUUCUCCCUCAAAAGUUUACAAGUCCAGAAAAAGAAUAUUUAGAAUGGGAAGAAAUCCUAAAAGGUGAGGUUCAGUCUAUGAGAUGGAUCUUUGAGAACCAACCUUUAGAUUCAAUUAAAGAUGACUCUCCAGACCCAGACACAGUUAGAAGCAUUGCAGAGCAAGAAAUGAUUGCAGGUGGAGAUGUUAAAUAUACAACCUGGAUGUUUGAGACCCAACCUAUUGAUGCACUGGGUGCACAUUCCUCGGAAUCUGCAGAAGCCAUGGACAAGAUCCCAGAAUUAGCUAGAGGAGAUGUCCGCACAGCCACAUGGAUGUUUGAAACUCAGCCACUGGACUCUAUGAAUAAAAUUUAUCACAAUGAAGAACAAACAUCAGAUGAGACUUUUAUUAGAGAAAUUUCUGGUGGUGAUGUGAAAACUGUGAGGUACAUGUUUGAAACACAGAAUCUGGAUAAACUUGGGCAGCUAUACUCAGUAGAUGAAGUUAACCUGCUGCAGCUGAGGUCUGAGCUUAAAGAGAUUAAAGGAAAUGUGAAGAGAAGCAUAAAGCAUUUUGAAACUCAGCCAUUGUAUGUUAUCAGAGACAGCUUAGGUCAAAUGCUGGAGAUUAAAACUGUCCGCCGAGAAGACACUGAAAAGGGGGAUGUCAGAACAGCACGCUGGAUGUUUGAAACACAGCCUUUAGACAUGAUUAACAAAGACCCAGUGGAAAUUAAAGUUUUACGUGGAAUCUCUAUGGAGGAAAACGUCAAAGGUGGUGUGCAAAAGGCAAAAUGGUUAUUUGAAACACAGCCUUUAGAUUCUAUUAAAGAGGAUUCAGAGGAAAUGAUCACUCAGAAGGAGACUAUUUUAGGGACUGAUGUUUCCAGAAAGUGCUGGGUUUUUGAAACUCAGCCUCUUGAUACUCUAAAAGAUAAUGAUGACACAUCUCAUCCCCUCCCUGAAGAAAUAAUAGGAGGUGAUGUAACUGGUACUAAACAUUUAUUUGAAACUUUACCAAUGGAUGCAUUAAAGGACAGCCUAGAUGCUGGUAAGCUUCAAAAGGUGGUUACUACUGAGGAAGAAAAAGGUGAUGUAAGACAUCAGAAAUGGAUUUUUGAGACUAAACCUCUUGAACAGAUCAGAGAAGAAAGAAAAGAAUUUGUCAGAACCGUAAAGCUUGAAGAAAUCGACAGAGGUGAUGUGAACAGCUACAAAAAUAUAUUUGAAUCAAGCAUUUUAAAAAAAUACGAUGAAUCACAAAAAAUCCAUGUGGAGGGUAUAAUGAGAGGAGCUGUAGAGUUGAACAAAGCUCUUUUUGAAACAACUCCUCUCUAUGCAAUUCAGGACCGUCUUGGUAAAUACCAUGAGGUUAAAACCAUUAGGCAAGAAGAAAUUUUAAGAGGAGAUGUAAGGAGCUGCAGGUGGCUAUUUGAAACAAAGCCUCUUGACCAAUUCGAUGAAAGUGAUAAAAAAAUCCAAAUUAUCAAGGGAAUAUCUUCACAAGAAGUAAUUUCCGGUGAUGUGAAAACAGCUAAAUGGUUGUUUGAAACUCAGCCUCUUGAUGCUAUUAAACAUUUUAGCAAUAUGGGAGAAGAAGAAGAAAUUAAAGCAGAACAGAGGACAGACAUUGUUAAAGGAGAUGUAAAAACAUGUAGAUGGCUUUUUGAAACACAGCCAAUGGAAUCACUGUACGACAAAGUUGAGGUAGUGACUGACAAAGAAGAAAUGCAUAAAGGAGAUGUCAAAACCUGCACUCAACUCUUUGAAACACAGCCACUUGAUGCAAUAAAAGAUGGUUCAGAAAUAACAGAAAAACUACACACUGUGAAUCGAGAGGAUAUUCUAGGAGGUGAUGUCCGUAUAGCAUGUUGCCUUUUUGAAACAGAAAACCUAGACAACAUACAAGGAGAAGGAGGGAAGGAAUUAAAACAAAUAGUGGAAAUUGACAUUCAGCCUGGGGAUGUUUCAACUAUCAAGCAUAAAUUUGAAAGCCACUCAUUAGACUCCAUAAAUUUCAGUUCAGAGGAAGUUCUGGAAAAAAAUAAAGCUAUUCAAAAACAGGAAAUACAGAAAGGAAAUGUUUUACAUUGCCGAUGGCUUUUUGAAAAACACUUGAUUGAUGCUAUAAAAGAAAACCAGGAAGACAGUGCCUCAGUCAAAACUGUAACAGAUAUAAAGGGGGGGGAUGUGAGGAAAAGCUGUUUUAUUUUUGAGACUUUCUCUUUGGACCAAAUUAGAAAUGAAUCUGAAAAUAUCAGCACCAAGAAAACCAUUAGUGAGGAGGAAAUAACAAAGGGAAAUGUUAAAAACUAUAGAAUGAUGUUUGAAAACCAAUCACUUUAUGCAAUUCAGGACAAAGAAGGAAAUUAUCAUGAAGUAACAACAGUUAAAAAGGAGGAAGUGAUUCAUGGAGAUGUACGUGGGACAAGGUGGUUGUUUGAAACAAAACCUUUAGAUACUAUUAAUGAAUCAGACAAUGUAUACAUUAUUCGAGCUGUCACCCAGGAAGAUAUUCAGAAAGGAGAUGUGAGUUCUGUCAGAUACAGAUUUGAGACUCAACCAUUAGAUAAAAUUUCAGAAGAUGAAAAAAUAAUAGUGCCCACUAUCUGCAGCAUUGAAGGGGCUGAUGUGAAGGCCAGCAAACGAUUAUUCGAGUCUGAAGAGCUAAAUAAGGGCACAUAUGUAAGAACAGUAAGUGUCAGUGAAGUCCAGCAUGGCAAUGUAAAAACUGCCACGUGGUUAUUUGAGACGCACACUCUAGAUGAGAUUAGAGCAGAGGGGUCAGAAUAUAAAGCUGUUAAAACAGUCACAAAGGAAGAUGUGCAAGAAGGUGAUGUUCAGCAUGCAGUGUGGAUUUUUGAAAACCAGCCUUUGGAUUCCAUUAAGGACACUGAUGAAAGUGAAGUAAGAAUAGCCAGGGAAGACAUUCCACAGGUAGAUGUAAAAACAACAACAUGGCUUUUUGAAACAACACCUUUCCAUGAAUUUAAUGAAAGCAAGGUUGAAAAGCAAGAAAUUAUAGGCAAAUGUAUCAAAGAAACUUUAAAAGAACUUUACUCACAAAAAGUUGUAGAGUCUCAUGGAAUUAUCAUUGAGUCAGAUGAAAUUGGAGAUGUCAGAAUGGCAAAAUAUAAACUAAUGAAUCAAAAGACACCUGAAAUACAAAAGGAAGAGAUCAUUAAAGGGGAUCUAGGCAACAUAAUGAUGAACCUGCUGUCCAGAAAAAGCACUAUCAAAAAAGAAAUUGUAGUAAAUGAUGAUGAAAAAGGCAAUGUUAAUUUGACCAAAGCUCAGUUACUGAACAGAUCAAUAGAUGAUCAAGUUGAAAAGGAAGAGAUAGUGAGAGGUGACAUACAGCAGGCUAUAAAAAAACUAUUUAGUCAGGAUAGCUCCAUAAAACGAGGAAUUUUAAUUCAGGAAAAUGAGAGAGGUGAUAUUAACAUGACAAUAUAUUCUCUCCUUCACAAAAAGGAUGGCAAUAAAAUCCAGCGUGAUGAAGUGAUAGGUGGUGAUGUGAAACGUACCAUUCACAGCCUCCUGUCUUCUACAGCAAAUAAUGAAAUAUCAGAACGGACUAAAAUAGAAGAAAAUGAGAGGGGCAAUGUUCAGUUUUUCACAACAUGCAUAGAAGCUGGAGCUCUGGACUAUCUGAAACUGUUUCAGACAGGGUCAGAUGAAACACUGACAAUCAAGAAACAAGAGGAAGAUGAGGAAAUCAUUGCUGGUGAUGUAGAAGGCACAAAGCUGUUGCUAAAGAAACACAAGUUCCCCAUUCAACGUACGGUUGCUCAAACUGACAUCAUCCCUGGAGAUGUGUAUAAUACAGUAAAAAGUUUCACAGCAGAGCCACAGAAUGUAUCUAGUCAUGUACACAAAGAAGAAAUUAUUAAAGGUGAUUUAAAGGCAGCUUUAAAUUCCCUCAGCCAAGCCAUAAGUCAAACAACAGUUAAAGAAAAGGAAAAAGUUAUAAAAGCUGACAUCUUGGCAAUACUGAAGUCACUUGAAGAAGCUGCUUUUCAACUGAAAGAAGCAGAAAAGCCUGAUGUCAUACCUGGAGAUAUUAAGAGGACCAUUGAGUCCCUUGAAAAGGCAAUAAACACAAAAAUUGAAGUUCUGAAAGCGCAGGUUGUUCGGGGAGACCUUGAUUCAACAUUAAGGUCUUUAAAAGAAGCUCAGCUAUCUUUCAAGGGUAUAGACAAAGGAGAUGUAAUCAGCAGAGAUACUCAGACUGCUGUGAAAAAUGAGCUAGAAAUCUGUGCAGAAAAGAAAAUGGUACAAUCUGGAGAAAGGAAUCAUACAGAUAUAAAAAGAACUGCCAAAGUAGCUUUUAAGCCAUCUCAACAAUUAGCACAUCAUAACAUAACCCAAAAUCUAACAAAGUCUGUUAAAUCUCACCAUGAAUGUUACCAGGAAAUGCAGGCAAAAAAUGAGACUUUUCUGAAAGAAGCUGAAAAGGAUACUAGAAAGAUACAUUUAGAUCAAAAACAGAGUGCUGAGUCUCUUGGUAUUAAUAUGAAACAGAUGAAUUUACCUAAUUCACAACAAAAGAGCACUGAGAAAGUGGAAGAGUCAAAUAAUAAAACCAGAGUCCAGUACAAUGGAGAAAAGGGCACAAAAUCUCUUACUGAACAACAUAUGAAAAAUCAGUCUACUACUCCCCUGAAGGUGGCACCUUGUGAAAUUUCUAAAGUGACAGACUGCUUUCAAAAGCAUGUGCCAAAGACAGAAACAGAGCAAUCUCAGCAUUGUAGAGAGAUUCUUGCCAGAAAAGAAAUGAACACUGACCAAAAGCAAGAUGUAGUAUCUAUGACAGCAGGACAUAGUAUAAAAGACAAACAAAAAGUAAAACUCACACAGGAAACACAUAGUAAUUUUAAAGAAACAGAAAGCAGGAAAAGAACUGAUAUUCAUCAGCAGAAUAAGAAAUCAGUAGGACAGUUUACUGGAAAGACUAAAAUGGAAGCUGCUAAAUCUGAAUUUUCUGUAAAAACUCCUCUGAAUCAAGGCAAGAAUGUAAUGGAGAAAGAGGCAACAGAAAUGGAUUCUCUAUUCCCUCCUCCACCAUCACUUCCCCCAUCACCACCACCUUCAGUUACAUCUUCUGAAAGUGAAUUUCCUUUGCCUCCUCCACCACCUCCUUUAACAUCUGAUAAACAGAUGUUUCUCUCACCGUCGUCACCUAGAGAAAUGAUCAAAGCUGAGUUUGAUCAUCUUCCUCCUCCACCACCACCACCACCAAUAGAUGACAAAUCUGAAAGUGAGUUCCUAUCUGGUCUCCCUCUCCCACCACCUCCUCCACAUCUUGUGAGUCCUCCUACAAUGCAACCAAUGCAAAAGAAAAAACAUAUUUCUAAGUAUCCAGAAGAGUCACUGCCUCAUUCAGAGCAAACUCAUGCCAGCACUGAAGUGGCAGGUAAAUCUACUGGUGUAGCAUCAUCACAAAACCUCAUCAAAAUGGAGCGCUCAAGGGGCCUGGAAGGUCUAGAGUCAAAAAUGCCUGCUAAAUUUGAACCAACAGUCCUUCAGAUGCGCACAGAAACCAAUAUCACCAAAAUUUUGGCAGAAAGUAGAAAGCCUGAAACUCUGAUAAAUGUGGUUAGUCAUGAACAGAAACAAGAGAGCAGUCAUACAAGAACAGAGGAAGGAAGACGACUAUCCUCUGUAACAGAAAUGGGUAAUUGUUCACCCAAGGCUCACGAAGAGAUAUUGCCAGUCCAGAAAAAAAAGAUUUUUCCAGUGAUGAAAUCUCCAUCCGUUCCUUCAGAGAACAGAACACAAAUAAACCCCACGCCUUAUACUCAAAAAUUUAAAACUCCAUUAAUGAUAGCUGAAGAAAAAUACAGACAGCAAAAGGAAGAGAGAGAGAAAACAGAAGUCAAAAGUUUUUGCUGUGAGUCAGCCAAAAUAAGCAACAAAAUUCAGGGAAGUCCAGCUGAAAAGUCAUUACAAAAAUCAAACAAGCAAGAUCAAGGUCCUGCACAAGAUGCAGCAGCCCCUGUAAUACCACAGAAAAUUACAAUUUCUGAUUCUGAUUUUCAUGUCAAUUUAGAAGCAGUAGGAUUCAGAGGUGAUAAAAAGCUAUCUACAUCAUUUGCUGUAUCAUCAGCUCCCGAGCAGCUUCAGAAAGUUUUAGAAGCCUCAGCAGAAGAUGACAGCAGUAAAAAAGUACUACCAGGUACAAAACAUAAUGUAUCAUGUCAAAUAGAAAAAGUCCAUCCAGAUCAGACAUUACAUGAACCUGAGCAGCUAAAGAAUGUGAAGCAAUUGUGCAAGCCUCAAAAUAAAAUCACUCCCCCUACAUUCAAAGUUAAAACUAUUAAGCUUCCCAUUGUAGAGCACAGCUUACAGGAAAUUCAUAAAGAUUCUGAAAUACACCAAACCCAGCAAGGAAGUAAUGUUCAAAAUGUUUUCACGCAACACAGUCAGAAGAAGCAGAAAGAAGAUAUAAGCCUUACCAUUAAGAAAAAAGAAAGAGUUGCAAAGCAGGAUCACCAACAGCACAUUAAUGGGAAUGUGCUAGCUGAAAAAAUACAUUCAAAAGGUACAAAAAACAUGCAAGAAUUACAGGAACAGGACUUCAACCAAAUGAAACAAAAAUUGGUUAGUGAAAAAAAAACAAGUAAAGGAGAAUCCAGACAUGAGAAAAUCUUACUGAGGAAGGAAAUAAAUCAGACCCAUGUACCCGUUUAUCCAGAGAAAGACAUGGUAACAAUUCAGAAAAAACAAGAGCAGCCUAAGAUUAAACAAGCAGUGAAAGCAGUCAAGGGAAAAGUAACUGACAGACAGCAUGACUCACAGACACAAAUUAAUGAACAAAAGAAUGUGUGCAUUUCCGAGAGUAGAGUCCAAAAAAAAAAAGUGUCCCAGGAAUAUUAUAGUCUGCAAGAAAACGCAUGUGUCAAAGACAAAGGUAUACAAGUAAAAGAAGGCCUCAUAAAGACAGAACAUCCAAAACAAGAAAUUACACACAAAAAAUCUUUAUAUUCUUCUUCACCACCGCAUACUGAGGAAAAACAUGCAGUAGACGUAUUAGGUAUUUUAAGAAAAAAAGAGGAACUGCAGGAGGUUUUGUGCAGGGUGAAACAGUUUGAAGAUGAGCCAAAUAAGAAUAGUCUAAAAACAUUUAAGACAUUUUUAAAUAUUAUCCCUGUCUGGCUAAUAGAUCAGGAAAGAAAGAAAAAUAUAGCUCAUAUUGUAACAGAAAAUAAUUUUGAAAAAAUGAAAGAAGAAUUAGCUGAUAUUAAAGACCAAGCAAUCAAAAUGCUUGCCUCGUGUGAAGAUUCAAUCCAAACUGCUGUGUCAUCAAGAAUAGUGAAAUCCAGAAAGAACAGCACUACUUAUCAAGGCCCUACCCAGAAAAUAUCAGGAUUUACUAUUGGCUCCAAUAAAAAAGAUUUGCAUAAAACCACAGGUGCUAUUAAAGAAGAAACAGGGCAUCAUGAAGCUAAACAGCAGUCCAAUGGAUUUAGACAGACAAAAUCCAGAUCUUCUCCAGCACUAAGAAUACGAUCACCAUCUCCUACUUACAUAACAAUUGAGUCUAGAAGGACAGACUCUCCUCUAAGGGAGACCCCCUCCUCCCCAACCCACAGAGAAGGGACUUUGUUUCCUCUACCACCCCACAGAUCUGCAACACCAAAAGCUAGGAUUCAACGGCCACUGUCUUCUCCCUCUUCUCCAAGGAGCCAAACUGAGCAACUGGCUAAGCUGAAAGACACCACAGCAAAAUUAUCACAAGGCGCAACACAGUAUCAAGCUGUAAAUCCACUUCCAAUUGUAGAAAAAAGAUCAGAAAUCGUUAAAUCUCCUGCAACACUUCGUCGACAAAUUAAAAUUGAAAUGCAUGCUAGGAAACCUCUACCCUCACUAACUCCACCUGUAUAUGAAUCUCAAUCUCAGAGUGAAAGUUUAGAUUCCAUCUCAGUGACACAAAAAUUUGAGAGUCCUAGAACUGAUCAGCCAGGGCUUAUUCAUAAGUUUGAAGCAUCAGAGACAGUAACAUACACACAAAAUGAGCCAACUGCAGUAAUUGAGAGGUUAAGUAAUGAAGGUGCAUAUGAAAAGGAUAAGUUAUUAGGAAAAUUAGAGGACAAAUCCAUAUUUGAAGUUAAGUCAAUGAAAAGAGAUUUGAAAAGUGGUGAAAUGAAUAGCAAAAUAAAGGAGAGAAAACACAUAUUUAAUCAAGAUGAAUUUGGUAUGGACAGCCAAAGACAAAAAGCUAAUUUCCAAAACUCUUCUUGCUGGCAGCUAAGAGAAACAAAACACAACACAUCCUAUAAACCAGGGCAACAUGAAGAUAAAGAACAGUCAUUUCAACCUGUAAUAAGUUUCAAUGCCAAACCACAUAAAGAAUAUUCUUCUGAUAGGGAUACAUUAACAAACACAGCAGUUGAAUCAAGAACUGUUACCUCAACUUCACAAAAAGCUGAUGGGGUGCAGUCAGGAUUUGGCUUCAAGCACGCUCCCCCAACAUAUGAAGAUGUUAUCUCAGGACACAUUCUGGAUAUUUCUACUGCUGAUUCACCAGAAAAGCUACUGAGAAAUUUUCAGAAGACAUGGCAAGAGAGUGAACAAGGUUUUAAAAGUCUCGGUUACACUGUCUCAGAUACUUCUGAAACUGAAGUGAGAAGCAGCUUCCACAAGGAAACAGAAUAUUUCAGUGAAACUGCAGCUUCAAGAAAAGGAAAUAUGCACGCUUUGUCAACAGAGAGUUUAUCCAAUGGAAUGCCUAGUUGCAGACAAGCAGAAUUUUCAUAAAUCAUGUUUCCGCUGUCACCACUGUGGCAGUAAAUUAAGCUUGGGAAAUUAUGCAUCUCUCCAUGGACAGAUAUACUGUAAACCUCAUUUUAAGCAACUUUUCAAAUCUAAAGGAAAUU